UUUCCCAAUUCCACCUUCACCUCUCUCUAUGCAGUUUCUUCAUUCUUCUCCUUUAUUUUUCGAUCAAGAUUUAUUUUAUUUUAUUUUAUUUUGAGGCCUUCUUUCGACAAUUCAUCGUCUCGAAACUUGAAGAUAAAACCUUUCUGCACCUUACGCAUUAACGCCUGUCUGAAUUCUGCAAAUUCAUGCAUUGUUUUGCUCAUGAUUUUCCACUUCUUGACAACUCCUUUGUCGCAGGAAUCGGUAACAUAGGGAACAAUGGCUCGACAACAGGGGGACGAAAUGGAUUAUGCCGCUGACGAUAAUGAAAUGGCGGAUGCAGAAGAUGAUAUAUAUUUUCGGGGCAGAGUGUUUGGUGAUUCAGAGUCCGAAUCCGAUGAGGAUGAUGAAUAUGAAUCAAUGGAAAAUCGAAUGACAGACACCACUGCUGCAGAAGCUAGGAAAGGAAAGGAUAUUCAAGGUAUACCUUGGGAUAGACUGAGCAUUAGUCGUGAGAAGUAUAGACAAACUAGACUAGAACAGUACAAGAAUUAUGAAAAUAUACCUCAAUCAGGCGAACUGUCAGAAAAGGAAUGCUCACCAACAGAUAAGGGAGGAAAGUAUUAUGAUUUCUGGCAAAACACUAGAUCUGUGAAAUCAACAAUACUUCAUUUCCAAUUGAGGAAUUUGGUGUGGUCAACAUCUAAACAUGAUGUGUAUCUUGUUUCGAGUUACUCAAUUAUACACUGGUCUUCUUUAAGUUCCAAGAAAUCAGAAAUACUGAAUGUAGCAGGGCAUGUAGCUCCAUGCGAGAAACAUCCUGGAAGCCUUUUGGAAGGAUUUACUCAGACACAGAUUAGUACACUGGCUGUGCGGGAUAAUUUGUUGAUUGCUGGGGGUUUUCAAGGAGAACUUAUUUGCAAGUACAUAGAUCGACCGGGGGUUAGUUUUUGUUCAAGAACUACUUAUGAUGACAAUGCAAUAACAAAUGCUGUUGAGAUAUAUGAGCAUCCAAGUGGAGCUGUUCAUUUCAUGGCUUCGAAUAAUGACUGUGGAGUUCGAGACUUUGACAUGGAAAAAUUUCAGCAUUCCAAGCAUUUUUCCUUCUCUUGGCCUGUAAAUCAUACUUCAUUGAGCCCAGAUGCGAAACUGCUUGUGAUUGUUGGAGACAACCCAGAAGGAUUACUAGUGGAUUCUCAAACUGGAAAGACUGUCAAGUCUUUAUCUGGACACUUGGACUACUCAUUUGCAUCUGCAUGGCAUCCUGAUGGCCACAUUUUUGCUACCGGUAACCAAGACAAAACAUGCCGUGUUUGGGACGUUAGGAACUUGUCAAAGUCUGUUGCUGUGCUUAAGGGCAACCUUGGAGCUAUACGUUCUAUAAGGUUCACAUCUGAUGGGCGAUUCAUGGCAAUGGCCGAACCAGCUGACUUUGUGCAUGUCUAUGAUGUAAAGAGUGGGUUCGAGAAGGAGCAGGAGAUCGAUUUUUUUGGGGAGAUCUCUGGUGUAUCUUUUAGCCCUGACACAGAAUCACUUUUCGUUGGUGUUUGGGAUCGCACCUAUGGAAGCCUUCUUCAGUACAAUCGGCGGAGAAACUAUAAAUAUCUCGACUGCGUGUAAAUUUGACUGCAUACCCCUUGUCUAUAAGCUCCUACAGUUUAUGUUCUUCUGUCUAGGAAUUGUGGCACCACUUGACUGAAAAAAAUGAUCGGUGGCAUGCUUCAUCAUACAAUGUAGGAUGAUAAGGUCGUUACAUAAACUCCGUUGUUUUAAAUAACCUUGAUUUCCUA